AUGUUGCUAGUGUGGCGACUGGCCAUAUGGAGCGCUGUCGUCGCGCUCGUGAGCUGUGGCUACAACACGCCGGAGGAGAUUCAGGAGGGGAAGGCGGCCUUGGAAGGAAUGCGUCGCGAACGGAAACGCGAGGGGUUUGCCGCAAACCGGAUAUUCGGAGGAUUCCAGUCACACGUGGGGCUGUAUCCUUUCGCCGUGUACCUCAUCACCAAAGACAAGCAGGGGUAUGAAGACUGCUCCGGAAGUCUGGUGGCGCCUGGUUGGGUCCUGACGGCGCGGCACUGCAAGGGCUCAGGCGACUGGGACGCUAUCGUUUUCGCUGGUGACGUGGACUUCUCGACCGACAGAGUCUUCACCAAGAUCAACGUCCAGAUCCGCGUCGCGGCGACGGUCAGCUACUACAAGCCGCCCACUCCAGACAGACUGGACCACGACAUCAUGCUGCUGCACAUGUACCGCGCCUUCGAAAUGAUCUCCGGCUUCGUCGCCAUCAUACCCGUCACGGAAAUGAGACAGUGA